AUGCCCAAAGCCGACAGGCGAGCCAAGCUCGCGCAGCUUGCUGCACUGCGAAAGGCUGGCAAGAAGACCUUUGACUCGUAUGAGGUGGAGCAAGUCGAAGAACUAUACGAAGAAGUUGACGAAGACCGCUACAAGAAGAUCGUGCGAGAGCGUCUGAACCAGGACGACUUUGUUGUCGACGACAAUGGCGAGGGUUACGCCGACGACGGCCGCGAGGACUGGGACCGUGUGCAGCAGUACCAGAGUGACAGCGAGGACGACUUUCCAAUCCGGGGAAAGGAGAAGAAGAAGUCCAAGAAGCAACGCGAGGAAGACCAAUCCAAGCGAGACGCAACCGACCGGGAUAUUAGCGAGUUCUUCACCAAGGGCGCGACAAAGGCCCAGCCAAAAGCCAAGACCAUAAAAACCGAGGAGGAUGACCAAUUCCUUGCCAGCCUGUUGGGGGAAGUCGACCGGAACGUACCAUCUGCCGCACCUCGCCAGUCCAAGAAGAGAGAGAGGUCACCUGAGAAACGCCGUACCCGAAUUCCUUCGCCAGCGCCUGAGCUCAAGCGACCAGCAACAAAGAGGGCCAGGCGAAGCACCGAACCCGUGAUCUCGACACCACAAGACGACGAUACUUUCAUGGGUGACGACGACGCCUUUCUCCCAGCUAUGGAUGAUGACCUGCCUGCACCUCUCCCUGCGAAUGAUAUCCCGACAAGCGACCCAGCCCCGUCGUCGCCAACAGUCGAUGCAGUUGGGCGCAAGACGAAACCAACGGCUGAGACCGAGGCUGAAGACGAUGAAGACGAGGACAUGAUGGAGUUCGCCCAUGCCGGUGCCAUCAACGCUGCUAGCGUCAACCUGACUGCGGCCAAGGUUCCCAAGAGGUUGAUCAAGGCCGAUCCAUAUCCUUCUCCUGCAAACUCAUCACCGCCUCAGGGUCCAGCCGAGGCCGCAGUUGACUCUUCGGCAUGGAACGACAUCAACCAGCGCCUCAACGUCGUCAGCAGCUCUCCCGCAGAAACAAGAGGCAUCAACAAAAUAGACUACAAAGAUGCAAUCGAAGAGGAUGGAAGUCUGAAUAUGUUCUGGACAGACUACACGGAAGUCAAGGGUAGCCUCUGCUUGUUCGGUAAAGUUUUGAACAAGAAGACACAGACGUACGUCAGUUGCUUCGUCAAGGUGGACAAUAUCUUGCGGAAACUCUUCUUCCUGCCGCGUCAAAAUCGCGUGGAGCGCGGAGUGGAGACAGACGAGGAGGUUGGAAUGAUGGACGUCUACAAGGAAAUCGACGCCCUUAUGUCCAAGAUGAACGUCGACAUGUUCAAAAUCAAGGCUUGCACGAGGAAAUAUGCUUUCGAGCUACCCGGGAUACCGAAAGAGACACAGUACAUGAAGCUCUUGUACCCAUACACUAGGCCCGCGAUCGAGAUGGGAACAACCGGUGAGACCUACUCGCACGUGUUUGGUACCAACACUGCUCUGUUUGAGCAAUUCGUCCUGUGGAAGAACAUCAUGGGUCCUUGCUGGCUGAAGAUCCAAGACGCCGAUUUUGGUACACUCAAGAAUGCUUCACACUGCAAGCUCGAGGUUCUCGCGGAGCAUCCCAACAUGAUUUCCCUCUUGAGUGACUCGGACAAUCUCGAUGCUCCUCCGUUGACUGUGAUGAGCAUGGCAAUGCGGACGACGUUCAACGUCAAGGACAACAAGCAGGAGAUACUCUCCAUCAGUGCCAGAAUAUACGAGAACAUCUCUCUCAGCGACACAACACCAGCAGACAAACUACCAUCCCGGACCUUCACACUCAUCCGACCCAACGGCCCUGCAUUUCCAGGGAGGCAAGAGUCCGAAAUGCUGAUGUUCUUCCUGGCACAAAUCGAUGUGGUGGACCCCGAUGUGAUACUUGGUCACCAGCUGGAAGGCGUUGAUUACUCCGUCCUUCUCAGCCGGUUACGAGAGAAGAAGAUACACCAGUGGUCUCGUCUCGGCAGACUCAGGCGGACCGAAUGGCCAUCAUCCAUAGGGAAGGUCGGUGGCAACGUGUUCGCUGAGCGCCAGAUCAUCGCUGGCCGCCUGCUCUGUGACCUUGCCAACGAAGCUGGCAAGUCGGCGAUGUACAAAUGUUCGACCUGGAGCUUAACGGAAAUGUGCAGCCUCUAUCUGUCUGGCGACAAUAAGCGGAGAGAUGUCGACAACGAAGCGGCUUUGAAGUCGUGGGCGAAGACAAAGGACGGCCUGAUGGAUUAUGUCUCUCAUGUGGAGACUGACACAUACUUCAUCACCGCCUUGGCACUCGGGGUCCAGCUCCUGCCACUGACCAAGAUCCUGACUAACCUGGCUGGCAACUCUUGGGCAAGAACAUUGACCGGUACGCGUGCAGAGCGAAACGAGUACAUUCUGUUGCACGAGUUUCACCGCAAUAAAUACAUCUGUCCUGACAAGCAGCCCUUCAAGGGACGACAACGCUUGGAGGAUGAAAAUGCCGAAGAGGAAGCUGGCGACGGCAAGAAGAAGGACAAGUACAAGGGUGGUCUCGUCUUCGAGCCCGAAAAGGGUCUUUACGACAAGUUCGUCCUGGUUAUGGACUUCAAUUCGCUGUAUCCCUCCAUCAUCCAAGAGUUUAACAUCUGCUUCACUACCGUGGAACGGUCUUCAUUGUCUGAGGACGAGGAGGCUGUUCCCGAAGUCCCUACCGAACAAGACCAAGGCAUCCUACCCAAGCUGAUCGCCACUCUUGUUAGCCGCAGACGAGAGGUGAAGAAGUUGAUGAAAGACAAGACCGCGACUACUGAACAGCUCGCAACGUGGGACAUCAAACAACUUGCCCUGAAGCUGACGGCUAACUCUAUGUACGGAUGCUUGGGUUACAAUAAGUCACGAUUUUAUGCGCGUCCUUUGGCUGUUUUGACAACAUACAAGGGUCGUGAGAUUCUCCGCAGUACGAAAGAUCUCGCAGAGAGCAAAUCUCUUCAGGUUAUUUACGGUGAUACCGACUCUGUCAUGAUCAAUGCCAACGUCGACAACGUUAAAGAUGCCUACAAGGUGGGCAACGAGUUCAAGAAAGCAGUCAACGAAUCAUACAGGUUGUUAGAAAUCGACAUCGACAACGUCUUCCGUCGCAUUCUCCUCCAGGCCAAGAAGAAGUAUGCCGCAAUCAACAUGAUUGAGCAAGACGGCAAGUUCAUCGAGAAGAUGGAAGUCAAGGGCCUGGACAUGAAACGACGAGAAUACUGUGGUCUGUCCAAGGAGAUCUCAAGUCGCCUCCUGAACGAGAUUCUUUCCGGUGAUGACACGGAAGUAUCCAUCCAGCGUAUCCACGACUACUUGCGAGAGAUCUCAGGCAAGAUGCGUGAGCAGGCCAUUCCUGUGCAAAAAUACAUCAUCUUCACACAGCUCGGCAAAGCCCCCAAGGAGUACCCGAACGCCGACUCGAUGCCACAGGUGCAGGUUGCUCUACGAGAACUCGCCAGAGGCAAGACGGUGAGGAAGGGCGAUAUCAUCUCCUACAUCAUCACAGGUGACAGCAAGGGCUCCGAGACGGCUGCCAAGCGAGCGUAUACCCCACAGGAUGUCCUCAAGAAGGACUCUGGCUUGGUUCCGGACGUGGAAUUUUACAUUGGCAAGCAGAUCUUCCCGCCUGUCGAGCGUCUCUGUGCCAACAUUGUUGGCACCUCCACAGCGCAGCUGGCCGAGUGUCUAGGCCUUGACAUCCGUCGCUAUGCCAAUAACGCCAACAAUACGAACAGUGGCAACAGCAACGACCUCGAGAUCCACCCCCUUGAGUCUCAGAUUCCCGACGAGGUGCGCUUCUGCGGAUGCACACGCCUACAGCUGCGUUGCCGCUCCUGCAAGAAGUCGUCGGCCUUCGAGGGUCUCCUCGCCAGUCCUGACCGGGUCGCACCCGCCGGCGUCGUCUGCGGCUCCUGCGGGGCCACCAUUUCAACGCUCUCCGUGGUGGCACAGGUGGAGCGCGCGAUCCGCACCGCGACCGCUGCAUACUACGAAGGCUGGCUGGUGUGCGACGACAGCAGCUGCGCGAACCGCACGCGGCAGAUGAGCGUCUAUGGCAGCCGCUGCCUCGGGCCCAAGGGCCUGGCGCGCGACUGCCUGGGCCGGAUGAGGUACGAGGUCUCGGAGCGGGACAUCUACAACCAGCUCGUGUACUUUGCCAGCCUGUGGGACGUGGACAGGGCCAGGGCCAAGGCGGGCGGUGAGGGCGCGGUCCCGGACCGCGAGACGAGAGAGAAGAUCCUCGCGCUGGCUGAGCACAACCGCACGAGGUUCGGGACGGUCAAGAGCGUUGUCGAUAGGCAUUUGGACAAGUGCGGACGGCAGUGGGUUGCGAUGGACACGUUGUUUGCGAAGUUGGGUUUCACUGCUGCCUGA